AUGUAUAUAAUCGCCGGUUUCCCCAGAGACUGGGUUAAGGGGGGACGUGAAUGUGGAAACUCAAAUUUCCAAUAUAUUGAAAUUGGGUUCGUUCGUUCGUGUCGUUGGUGGUCGGUCGGUGUGUUAAGUGUGCUAAUUCUUGGGCUUAUUGAAAGCUUUGGGCAUUGGCAUAUGCCUUUCUAA